CCAGAACAUGCCACCACACAGCAAUGCGCUCCGCGCGUGCGUAAUUCAUCGCUGGCCCGGUCCAAGAGCCCGCCCCUCCGCCGUGACUGUUUGCGCGCGCGGGCAGAGACACGCCCAUGCUGCUGCUGUCGCCCCGGCCUGGCGACCCUCUUCGGCGCUCGACGAAUGGGUUCAGCGAGAGGCCCAGCCGAUCAGCUUGCGGCGGCUCACUUUCUUUGGACGGACGCUGACCGAGUCUCGUCUGCUCGAUGCUGCCAACUACUGCAGACUCGAAUUGCCGACGAGGCUCUCGCACCGCCUCCGUGAUAUGCAGACACUGCCCUAUGUGGUCGUUACCAAUCCGCACAUAGCCCACGUCUACGAGCUCUACUACCGCGCCUUCGAGCGCCUUCGCCGCAUGCCAGAAAUAAAAACACUCGACGACAACGACGAGUUCUGCAAACUGGUGGAGGAGACAUUGCGGGAGCAUGCGUCCGUCAUACCACGGCUCGCAAUUGGCGUGCUGGAGAUCCAUGGUCUGAUGAAACCCGAAGAGACGGAUAAAUUCAUCUUCACGCUCUUGAGAUCCCGAAUAUCAAGACGCGUGAUUGCGGAGCAGCAUCUUGCCUUGACUGAGACCUUUCAUGCCCCUUGGCAUUUCCCAAAUGCUCAGCCAUUGAAUGACCCAAGCACAGAUAUCGUAGGAGAGAUAUUCUUAAAGUGCAAUGCAAAGGAGAUUGUCGAGAGAUGUGCUGCAGCCACACAUGUGUUGAUGGAGAAAACGUACGGAUCAGAUCUAGCCUUACCAGAAGUCAAGAUCCAGGGCCACUUGGACGCCACCUUCCCCUACAUUCUAAGCCACCUUGAAUACAUCGUCGGAGAACUGCUCAGGAACUCAAUACAAGCCGUCAUUGAGCGGAGGAGACACAAGGGCGAUAAGGUGCCACCCAUAGAAGUCCUCAUUUGCGAGACUGCUCAGCACGUCAUCAUUCGAAUAUCAGAUCAAGGCGGUGGUGUACCAAGGGAUAUCCUGCCGCAUCUUUGGUCCUUCAGCAAAGGCCCCAGACGAGAAAAGAGGCUAGAGAACCUUCAUAGAGUGCCCAAGCUGCUAGCUACCAUGCAGGAGCUCCAGGUUCCCGGCGAUCACGGACCCUCUCACAAGCAAGGAAAGAAGCACCAAAAAGAUGAUACAAGCCUCCACUACAGCUCUCUCUCAUCACUGACUAGUCGACCACCUGACCUGCGUCUCGGCAUUGGCCUACCCAUGAGUCGAAUCUAUGCAGAAUAUUGGGCAGGUAGCUUGGAGCUUCAUAGUCUGGAAGGUUACGGUUGCGACGCCUUCCUCCAGAUAUCAAAACUGGGCAAUAAGAACGAGCGUCUCACGACUCGAGCAAGCAUGGAUGCGGUGUAAUGGUGCAAGAACCAACACGUUUCUUCGCUACCACGCUAAUGCCUCAGCGACGUGUAAAGACUACAUAUCACACAAAAGCUUCAUCUGUCAAUGCCUUUGCGGCAAGGGAGAUGUCAGUUGGAGAUUGCUAUCAAUAUAGCAGAUGAAUGCCGCGACAUGAGGAUCGCCGGUGGCAUCGCAACCUAUAAGAAGCACAAUACCUUCUGCGUAUUUAAUGCGUGUUAACACAGGUAUUUCUAGACGAAAAGUAGCAGACGAAAAGCCUUAGAGCUGAGUUGCAAGUGCGAUCCCCAAUUUUGGAAAGGCAAGGACUGCAAUGGCAUGCUGUGUCUUUAUCUUAGCUAUCAAACAGGAAACUGCAGUCGUUGCCAUUCUACCUCAG